CGAACUCAUGAACAGAAUAUUGAUCGCUGGUAAGGUAGGUGUGGACAAGGUGCGGCUUGUCCAGCACGUGUUUUCUGUCAAGGAUAAAGAUCUGACAAAUGAUGUAUCUCAAAGUGGUCUGAUAGUGGACGAUGUUCCGAUUGAGACGAAGUAUUAUAGAACAUCAGUCUCUAUUUUCGUAGAUGAAUUCGAGUCUGUCGAGGAGUGGUUCAACGAGCUUAAUACUGCAGAAGCCAAAAUACUCCGAGAAGAAAUACAGGGGCUAGUAAUAUGUAUUGAUCUACAAUCCACAAGCAACGAAGAAAUCAAAGAGAUUGGACGACAUCUAGAGCGCUUAGCGACUAAGCUGGACGACGAAUAUACUGAAGAUUUUGGAGAACCUCAGUGGGAUGGAUUCAAGAUUGUCGUUGGAUUCAAUCCGCUAGAAACCGACGAAUUCUAUCAGGACAUGUUCAUUAUGUCAGGGUUUGAGUAUAUUACUUAUGAUGAAGAACGGAUCCGUGCAUCAGUUCAAGCACAUAGAUGGAGAUCUUUACAGGAGCGAAUACAGGCAAGUAAGCCAGUCAAAACUGCUGCUGAUUACACGCAUCCUUUGCUGGAUCGUGAUGGUGAGAAACUGUUAGACGUUUCUCGGCUUGUGGAAAAAAUGAAACAGGCGCGUAUUGAUGCUUCCCGUCUUCCCGAAGAACAAAAGCAUGAUUUUGCGCAGAAAAUGUCCGAAAGUAUAUUGGAAUACUUUGAACACGAUCAAAUAUAAAUUGUUCGAGCUGCCAAUAUAAAUAUAUUUUCCCCGCAAAAAUUAUACUUCACUAUGAGCUUAUCUGGGAUCGGUCAAUUUGCCAACAGCAAUCUAGUCAAAACAUUAAAAUACGCCGCACAGUCACAGUUAUAUCUUCAUCAUGCUGGUUCUACCGCGUUACUAUCUUUUAGCUCCAACCCCGCACGUCUGCCGAUAGGGAAAAUCAGAGUAAUAGAUAAUAUAGGUGCUGACUACCAAGUCACACCUGAUAAUUUCGUUGAAAACAAGUCUUUCAUCGAACGCUUACAACAGGUCAUCAAAGACCACGUUGCUGAUGAAAUGAUGUAUCGACUGGAUUCGCUUAAUUAUCGAAAUUCUUAUAUGCCCAUAUAUGAUCUUAAACGUGUUCCCGAGUACAUGAACCAGCAAGUGAACGUUGAUAACGUGUUAGGCUACAUCAAAGUAGAUGCAACGGGCAAUAUGGAUCAGGCCACGUACCAGGCUAAUGACACAUAUAGAUUGUGCAAUGCAGAUGGAAUCAUAAGAUUGAGCGACGUCAUCCUCGAGGAACUGAAAAAUCAAUUGUGAGCUCAUAUCUGGACAAAAUCAUUUACUAUAUCUAUCAGUGCGGUAUUGAGAUCAUUGCUCGCAGCGACCAUGGAGUCUGCGGCUUGAACUAACUGUUCAAAAUUGGAUAAUGCCGGAAUGCCACUUUUCAUAUUAAUCAACAUGCAGAGCUUGUGCACCAAUCUAGCACGUUCGAAGUUCACAAAUGAUUUGUACAGCACAGUGGCAGUUGGGUCAUCGUAUGCAAGCAACCCCAAAAGAUCGUUUAGUGUUUUUUGAUAUUGCUCCGAAGUGUAAGUUGACUUCAUUUGUUUAGCAAGUUUAAUAAAUUGUCCUUCACUAUCAUUACCGACCAUGUUAACCAGUUUAAGACAGUCUAAUUUGAAUUGUAUAUCUGUAUUGUCUUCGAGCAGACCAGGAAAAUUGGAAUUAAUCAAGUCCGUAGCUAAACCGAUUUCAUUGCUUGAAAUCAAAUCCUUGAGCUGCAUUUUGAUAUAGCUCUCCCGUCUUAUAGGAAAUGGUGGCUCUGUACGGCCUUCAAGACUCAAAUCCUUCUCAAAAGACUUGAGCGCGUUUGCAUACCCUCUGUGCUCAAAGUACUUUUUGAUCAUUUGGUUGAGCGAGUUCUUCAUAUCGUUGGAGUCUUUGAUUUCUGUGCCAUUGUCUAGUGUCACGGAGGGUACUUGGUGGUUAUUGAUUGUCUUUAAGAACCGUAAUUUGAAUGAGUCGACAUAGUUGUCAAUAUUGAACCUGAAGCUUUUGGUAUGGCCAAAAUUGGUCGAAAUCGAGUUCCAUGAUCCCAGACUCACCACAGGUACAACUCGUUUCAUGUUCGAUGGCAAAGAAAAGGCUUCACCAAGGAAUACGCCGUUCUUGGUGAUAAAUAUCGAGCGAUUGACAAAGUUCACUCCGCAUCCAACGACAUCUUUAUUGCCAAACUUGCACGAUGUACGAACGCUGGAUCUACACUCCUCAAAGCUUACUAGCUUGCCGUCUUUGCCUUUGUAUCCCCAUGCGUUCUCGUCGUGGCCCCUCAAAGAGCUGAUAAUUUCCUCUGGUUGAUCUCCAUCCAUGUAUCCUAUUGUUAUCUCCGACCCCGAGUUUAGGCCAAAAAGAACCUCCACCUCAUAAUAGUAUAUGCCGAUCGUUUCAUGCACGCUGAAAUUGGCUUUUGUCGAGAAUAUGCUGGAACGACCGUGAUGAGGAAGAUUGACCGUUAUCGAGGAAGUGGAGGACACGGAUUUGGUGGGAUUCUUGGUCGAGAUCUCCAAACCGUCUAGCGAAAGUUCGAACUGGCAUUCCUUUGGAGUGAUCCACCGAGAUGGGAGAGAUUGGCAGUCAAUAGAAGUAGCCGCACUAUCUAGAGGUUCGGCUUUCAAAGCAACAGAGGGAGAUUUGCCAACACUGCUAUCGUCAACUUCCGUCACAAGCUCAUCCGUUUCGGUCUCGUCAUUGACAAAUUCAUCACUAACCAUUGCACUUGCUUUUGCAGGUCCCUUAUUCUUGAAGAUUUCCACCAACUUAUCGAUAUAGUCUUCAUUUUUGCUAAACAUGACUGGAUUGGACCCAAUUAUCCCAAUAGUGGAGAGGUGGCUCACCAUGGCAUUACGAACAUCAUCUUUGGACUUUGGUUGCUCAGAGGAGCGUAUCUGUUGAAGUGUCCGC